AUGGUUAGAGAUACAGCCUACACCCUAUCCGUGGAUAAAUCGAGCAUUCCAUUUCAGCAGCCCUCAGCAAGAAGCGCCUUAAUUGCUAGCACCGGUACAACAUACCCGCAGGGCGAGUCCGAAGUCCUUAUUGGUCCGAUUAACAGUAGCGGCGACGAAAUUCGUAACGAGGAAAGAAAAACUUCCAUGCGAUACGCCUCAAGAAACCGCCCUAGGCGCCAGGUCAUCGCCAUUCCACAAAGCGAAGGCUGCUAUCGUCACGGUUUCCUUUCGGUGCACCGAAUGAAGGAGCAUCUUUUCAGGGCACAUAAGAUACCACCAUGUUGCCCUCGUUGCGAUAUGGAAUUAGGUCCCAAUAUGUCCUUAGAGUCGCAUACGAGGCAAGAUCCACCGUACGGGAUCAGAGCAAAAAAGCAAAGGGAGGGUAUUAGUCCCGCUAUCGAGGAAUUGCUUCGAGGUCGGAAGGAGUUUACGAGGAAGACCGAGGAAGAGAAGUGGAGACAUAUAUACGGCGUACUGUUUCUAGCCGAUAGUCCUAUGAACAUACCUUCUCCGUAUCUUGUAGAGCCGAGCCUCAUCGAGGAAUCUCCAGGUCCUAUAUUUACAGAAGCGACUUACGAGAAUUUUCUGCAGAUGGAACUCUUCCCCCGAUUCUAUCGGGCACUAGAAGGCAAAAUCGAUGAGGCAUUGGAUCUACCGAAGGGAAAAUUUGGAGAUAUUUUGAAGGGACAAUUGCAGAGUUCCUUCCAUAACACCCCAGCUAGGCUCUAUCUAUACCGAGUUUAAGGCUUCUAUAGGGGAAGAUAGCGGGCAGCAGCGCAACGAGCCAAGAUAGAGAGGAUGUUUCGAGAACCCAAUUCCCUGAACCGGAGUUAUUUAUGCCGGACUUUUUGUCUUUAUCACC